CGGGCGCGCUCAGGGUCGCGGGGCCCGCACACAGCCGGGUUUUCCGGGUCCACGCGGCGCGGGGCCACGCUCACCGCCCGGGCGGCACCAUGAAGUCUCUAAAGAAGGAGUCCCGUCUCAGAAUACCUACAAACAGAUUCAUGGAGGCCCCAGAGAGCGUGAAAGAAAAGAAGCGGGCAAAGGUACCUGAACAGCCCACACCCCCCAUUCAGGAAGAACCUGAGCCUGUUAGCAAUGUCCUACAAGGAGAUGACAUUCUUGCUUUAGCCAUUAAGAAGGAAGACUUGAAGAAGCAACAUAUUCCUCGCCUUAUUGAAACAGAAGAUAAAGCUGUAAUUACCCAGAGACUUAUCAUCCGUAAACUCAAACCCAAGGAUCAUAGGAAGAAGGUCUGCCACUUAGUAGCACAUCCUGCUACUCCAGACGCAGCCACAAAGCCCCUGGACUACUCUGGGCCCAGUGACAUCUUCCAUGGCAGUGACCAGAUCCUGCCCCACCACAUCUUGGGGCAUCUCCAGGACUUUAAAAGAAUUGCAGUUGCCCGAGGGAACACCCAGCUGGCUGAGCUGAUACCUACCCCACCCUGUCUGAUGACCCUCAUCUCAGCUAAAGAAGAGCCAAAGCAGGAAGCCCCAAAAGAAGAGAAGGCUCAUCCGCUCUGGGCCCCACCUCCUCAGCACAACUUUCUGAAAAACUGGCAGCGCAACAUAGCCCUUCGGAAGAAGCAGCAGGAAACCCUCAGUGAACGGCUGAAGAAGCCGGUUGGUGAGCUGCUGAUGCACACGGGGGAGACCUACAGACAGAUCCAGGAGGAACGGGAGCUCCUUGACCGCACACUGCCAACACGGCCUGAUGGGAGGGGCUGUGAAUUGACCAGUGCGUUCUGGAGUCGACUGGAAUACCUGGGAGAUGAAGUGACAGGUCUGGUAAUGACGAAGACAAAGACUCAGCGUGGCCUCGUGGAACCAAUCACUCACAUCAGGAAGCCCCACUCCAUCCAGGCAGAGCUGGGAUUGCCAGCCCAGAAGGAUGCUUGGUACCGCUACACAUGGGAUCGGAGUCUGUUUCUGAUCUACCGACGCAAGGAGCUACAGGGCAUCAUGGCAGAGCUGGAUUUUAGCCAGCAGGUUGGUAAGGUCUCUGUGCCUAGUCUGAAGCCCCUUACGGUGGCACCUGUUUUUAGUCAGCUAACCUUUCCUUUCUCUGACUCUGAGGAUAUUGAUGGCCUGGAGGUGGUGGGCAAAGGGCAGCCUUUCUCCGCUGUUACAGUGGAAGACUAUUCAGUGUUUGAAAGGAGCCAGGAAAGCUCCUCUGAAGACACAGUGCACUUAGACUUGCUGGCCAAUUACCCUGAUGUGGUCCCUAUGCCUGUUCUUGGCCCUUCUCUGCUGUUCUGUGGGAAGCCCGCUUGCUGGGUCCGAGGCAGUAACCCAGAGGACAAGAGGCAUGUUGGAAUUGCUGUCCGCCUGACCUUUGAAACUGUAGAAGGGCAAAAAACAUCUUCAGAACUGACUGUGGUCAAUAAUGGCACCGUGGCCAUUUGGUAUGACUGGCGACGGCAAUCCCAGCUGGACUCUUUCCAAGACCUGAAGAGGAGCAGGAUGCAGAGGUUUUACUUCAACAAUCGGGAAGGUGUGAUUCUGCCUGGAGAAACUAGAAACUUUACUUUCUUCUUCAAGUCUUUGCAUGCUGGGAUCUUCAGGGAGAGUUGGGAGUUUGGAACCCACCCCACCCUAUUAGGAGGUGCUCUCCUGCAGGUCAAUCUCCACGCAGUCUCCCUGACCCAGGACAUUUUUAGGGAUGAGAGGAAGUUACUGGAGAGCAAGCUGGCUUCCCAUGAAGCAGUCACCAUCGUGGAGAACGUGCUGCAGGAGCUGCUAAGGGGGAUCCUGACCCCGGAGCGUGCACAGUCACCCGUGGAUGCCUGUCUCACUGAGGAGGACCUUUUCCACCACAGGAAUCCUCGGCUGUAUUACCAGCACCAAGUGGUGCAAAACCUGCACAGACUGUGGCGCCAGUACAUGAUCCUGCCCCGCAAGGCUGAGGAGGCCAGGCCAGGCGAGGAGGAGCAUCUCAGCCCCAGGACCCAGGCUGCUAUGGCCCCAUCAGCCUACUGGGAGGAGGCCUCAAUGAAGGUCGAGUCUUCUGUGCACCUUAAGAGCCCAGCACUGAACCCUCAACUGCCCCGGCAAGAGGGCGAGGCCCUCAGGGACUCCCAAGAUCCUCUUGGGUCCCAGAAGACUGGACUGGGGGCCAGGAGUUCUCAGCGGAAGAGCAUUAUGGAGGAGAUCCUGGUGGAGGGGAGCCCAGACCUGGAGAGCAUCAGGAGCCCCUGGGAGCUGGAUGGCCUUCCUCCACCUGAGUGGAACCUCUGCCUGGAGGACUUCAGAAAGGCAGUGAUAGCACUCCCUGAGGAGAACCAGAGAGAAGAUGCCCUAAUCAGGCUCAACAAAGCAGCCCUGGAGCUGUGCCAGGAACCACGGCCGUUGCAGUCUGACUUCCUGUACCAGAUGUGUUUGCAGCUGUGGCGAGAUGUGAUUGACAGUCUGGUGAGCCAUUCCCUGUGGUUGAGGGCUCAGCUGGGCCUGCCUGAGAAGGAGACCAUCUACUUGGACAUGCCAGAAGAGCAAGAUCGAAAAUCACCUCCUGUCACAGAAGUGAAGGUGACUUCUGGGAGAGUGGGGAAGGAGGACCGGAAAGGGGCAUCCCAGGAAAAGAAGCAGUUGGGAAUCAGAGACAAAGAUGAUAAAAAAGGAGCCAAGCUGUCACCUGGGAAGGAGCAAGACCGUUUAAACAGCAAGAAGCACAAAGCAAAAGAUGACAAGAAACCGAUGAAGUCUACAAGUCGGGACAGGCUUUCCUUGGAAGACUCUGCCCCUGACAGCAUCAUCCCGUCUCAGGAACCCAUAGAUCCCCUGGUCAUGGAGAAAUACACCCAGAGGUUGCACACUGAGGUCUAUGGGCUGCUGGAUGCCCUGGUGACCGACCUGCUGGUCCUGGCUGAUGAGCUCAGCCCCAGAAAGAAUGUCGAGGAGCCUUUGCAUCUCUGCACCUGACUCGCAUGCCUGAGCUGCCUUCCGGGAAACUGCUUAACAAACAAAUCAAUAAAGAACCUUUGGGUUCCUACCACUUCC